UGGCGGCUGAACCAAACAACUCUAACAUGGAUGUCAACAAAGUUGUUCGCGCUCAGGCAAUAUGGAGAGGAGCACUGGUAAGAAAAUACUUCAGACAAAUAAGACAUUCUUAUGAGGAAAUUGUACAAGAAAUUGACAAUGAUCAAAAGGAAGUGGGUGUUGAGUGGACGUCUUCGUUAGUGUGUAAACCGAAGGUAUAUUUUGGAAAGAAGCCGCAGAAACGUGACAAUGUGGGGAGAGUUUGUGGUAUUUCUUCUACUCUGGGUCAGGUAGUGUCUGUGAUACCAAUGGCAGAACAACCUUUCAAUGUUGUUUUUGAUGAAACUUUAGAUUGUAAUGAAGACAGCGGAAAUGAGGAACAAAUGAAUAAUGUAGAAAAUGAUGUGUAUCAAGAUUGUGGGCUUCAAACUCCCAGCCCCGGAGGCUUAAAUGGCAGGAGGAUUCUGGGGGAAAUUAAGGAUUCUCCAGGAAUUGACGAAAAAUCUGGUAGUGAGAGCAAUUUACUUGGCGCAUUUAGGAAUUCUCAAGUGGAUAAAGAAAAUCAGAGUCCAGUUCCACAAAUUCAAGCAAGAAUUCACAGUGACAUUGGUUUUGAGAUACAUUUGAUGCUGAGAAUCAAGAUGAACUUGAGGAUGGGAGAGAUGAACAGACAGGUGAUGUAGAAGAAAAGGUUCUCUUGAGUGAGGAAGAAAAACCUGAGGAACAUGUGAUGAAUUCUGAUAAGGGUAGCAUUAGUGAUGCUGCAUGUAGUGAUGAAAAUGUCAGUCAAUUACAAAUAGAAAUACCAGCUGGGAGUGAGGACGAUAAAAACUUGUCUAAUGGUGAUCUGCAAAGUGAAUCAGAGACACCAAAGAAGAAAACAGACAAUGUAAUGGAAGUGACGAAGGAUGGUGAUGUGACGUCCCUCUGGGGUACUGAGAAGUCAUUCGUCAUGACAGAUGAUGUAAUGUAUCUGAUAAUGUGAAGGAAUUGCAACAAUUAAGAAGUAACGUAGCCAUGGAGUUAUUAUGGGUACAACAAGCUAUAGUCAGC